GCUACUUCCGGUUGUAGCAAACCAGAGCGUUGUGCGCCUGUUAGUGUUUUAUUGUGUGUUUUUCUGCAACGUUGCUGCUAUAUAAAGUACACAUUGGCACCAGGGAUGCAACAAACAUGUUUAACUACCAUCGUUUGGGACAGAUCCGCCUCCUGCGUUUUUAAAUCUUAUCCCGCUUAGCUUAGCUCGCUAACGGCUAACAAAGAGGCGAGGAACUGAGAACACGAGGAGGAACUUUCUGGAACAAAAGAGCAGGAAGGAGCGAUGACGUCAUCUCCUGGACGCUCUUUUCAACAAGCAGCCACACAAACAAUGGACACCAGGCCUACAGAAAGUUCCAGUGAAGGAGAGCAGGAGGAGCCACAGCCCCACUACAUUAAAAAUGAAGAGGAGGAACACAGAAUCAGCCAGGGGAGGGUUGAAGGACUGGAGGGGUUCCCGUUGAUUCGUGUCAUCGUGAAGAGUGAAGAUGAUGAGGUCAAAGGUGAAAGUGAGGAGAAGAGAGAGGUGGAGAGACCAAGCGGCAGCUCAAGUCACCACAUGACAACAGAAGGCGACGGAAACCACUGUGGAGGAUCAAAAGCAGGCAAGAUCUCAGCUCCACUGUCAGAUAGUGAGGACACAACAUCGCCCUCCCCUGACACUGAUGAUGAAGAAUCUAAAGCCGAUCAGACGUCUCAAGCUGACAACACACACUUCAAAUGUUUGCAAUGUGACAAAACUUUUGUCAACAAGAGAAACUUGUCGAGACAUAUGAGAUCUCACACUGGACAAAAAACAUUCAUCUGCUCAUUCUGCGGUCAAGGGUUCUAUGAGAACGCACAUCUGGUAAUACACACCAGGAGACACACGGGAGAAAAACCCUUUCCCUGCUCAGUCUGCAACACCAGUUUCCGUGUCCGUCCGUUGUUGAUUAAGCACAUGAGAACGCACACUGGGGAGAAACCUUUCACCUGCUCAGUGUGCGGUCGAAGGUUUGCUCAAAAGGGACAGUUGUUAACGCACACACAAACACACACGGGCGAGAAACCUUUUACUUGCUCGUUGUGCGGUCAAAGGUUCUCCAGGAAGGGAAAUUUGAGGACACACACAACAACGCACACUGGAGAGAGGCCAUUUUCCUGCUCGGUCUGCAACACCAGCUUCCGGGUUCAGUCGGGGCUGGCGCAACACAUGAAGACGCACACCGGGGAGAAACCUUUUGCCUGCUUGGUUUGUGGCAAGCGAUUUGCUCAAAAUACAAACUUGAUAACGCACACAAGAUCGCACACCGGGGAAAAACCUUUUACUUGCUCAAUAUGCAGCACAAGUUUUAGCUAUCAUUCUUCACUGAAUAAUCACAUGAGAACGCACGCUGCUAAAAGUGAUUAGCUGCAGUGUGGAGGACUUGGAGGUAUGACUCAUAAAAGUGAUUAUCGUAUUUCCUUGAAAUGCCGCCGGGGCGCUAAUUAAUUUCAAACCUCUUCUCACGCCGGCGUUUACCAAAGGCAUUGCGGCAAAGGCAAGCAUGCGCUAAUUAUUUUAAAAUAUCUUCUCACUCCGCCGCUUACCAAAGGCAUGCGGUAAAUUUAGGCCUGCGCUUAUAAAUUUGAGUGUGAUGUAAGGAUACCAUCAUGAAAAUCACAUUUACUAAAAAAAAACAUUAUUAUGAUCUUAUUAUGGGGCGGUAUAGCUCGGUUGGUAGAGUGGCCGUGCCAGCAACUUGAGGGUUCCAGGUUCGAUCCCCGCUUCCUAGUCACUGCCGUUGUUUCCUUGGGCAAGACACUUUACCCACCUGCUCCCAGUGCCACCCACACUGCUUUGAAAAAAAAUGUAACUUAGAUAUUGGGUUUCACUAUGUAAAGCGCUUUGAGUCACUAGGGAAAAGCGCUAUAUAAAUAUAAUUCACAAGCGCUUUGAGUCACUAGAGAAAAGCGCUAUAUAAAUAUAAUUCACAAUUCACUUUACUUAUAAAGGAAGUCCAUGCGCAGCUCCUUCUGAUCAAAAGCAUCAAUAACUUGUUUAUAGAAGUCUUCCUUAUCUUUCUUCAGUUUUAAAAGUCUCUCUGUCUCGAUGGAGAUCUUCCUUUAUUACCUCCUGCUUCGAUUGAAAGUCCAGUUUAGAAAAGUGUUUUAUUUUAGAUAUGUAAUCCUCCAUGUUAAAAGUGCAAGCGAGAGGAAAAAAUAAAGGAUCGCUGCUCACUCUUGCUGCUUGUUGUCACUUCUUCUGCAGCCGAGUAGUCGCAAGAAGGAUCACUAGCGCCCUCUACCACCAGGAGGCGGGAGUCAUUUAAUGACUCAUAUUUGACACACGCAGCUACGGUAUAUUAAUAAAACAUAGCAGCUUACUGUUCUUUUUAGCAUAUUCAAUAGCUUGGACCUUAAAUCCUACUAAAUAGCUCUUAAUCUUCUUCCCUUUAUGCGAUUUCAAAUGAUUGAAAUCAGCUUCUUCCAUUUUGAAAAUGAUGACAGGUGAAGUGUCACUCGUGACGUGACGAGUUUGACCCGGCGGAAAUUCUAGAUGUGCGCUAAUAAAAAUAAUAUUUUGCAAAACGAGUUGGACCUGGCAGUAAUUCUAGGCAGGUGCAUACUAUAAACCCGGCGGCAAUUCAAGUAAAUACGGUAGCUGCAGUGUGGCGGACAUGACGGUAUGACUCAGGCGCUGAGGUGGUGAAGUACAACCACAGGGUAUGUUUGUGUAUUUUACAAUGAUGUCACUAUAUUUUGGUUAACCUGUGUUGUAGCCCUCAGUUAAUUCCUGUGUUACUCUCGUUAUGCAUGAAAGACUCGCACUUCGGUUUUCAUUAGAAAUCCAUUCGGUUUGGAAAGGAAAACCAAAAAAAUGAUUCCUGGAAGAAAUAUUAUACAAAAGCCUAAAGCAGUGAAGUUGUCACGUCGUCCAUUCAUCCAUUUUCUACCGCGUAUCCCUUUCGGGGCCGCGGGGGCUGCUGGAGUCCAACUACAAUUGGGCGGAAGGCAGGGUACACCCUGGACGUGUUGCCACAUCACCGCAGGGCCAACACAGAUAGACAGACAACAUUCACACACUAGGGACCAUUUAGUGUUGCCAAUCAACCUAUCCCCAGGUGCAUGUCUUUGGAGGUGGGAGGGGCCUAUCCCCAGGUGAAUGUCUUUGGAAGUGGGAGGGGCCUAUUCCCAGGUGAAUGUCUUUGGAAGUUGGAGGAAGCCGGAGUACCCGGAGGGAACCCACGCAGUCACGGGGAGAACAUGCAAACUCCAACAGAAAGAUCAGGAUCGAACCCAGGACCUUCGUGUUGUGAGGCAGACGCUCUAGCCCCUCUUCCACCAUGCUGCCCGUUGUCACCUUGUGUAAAUGCUAAAUAAAAAGAGAAUACAAUGA